UUCCGUUCCCCGGGCGCGUGCGCCCUCUUAUUCGGCUCUCCUAGGUUUCCUGGGGUCCUGCCCCUUUGAGCUGGGGCGGGAGCAGAGGACCCCGCGCUCAGGGGUUGCCAGACAAUGCGUUGGGGGCUGCGCCCUCGCGGGCCGGAGGCGGCCGCCCUGGCCACUGCCCGAAGUUUGUGGGGGACGCCCCGCCUUCCCUGCAGCCCUGGAUGGCAAGGGGCGACGAAGAGACUUCUGGUGCGGUCGGUCUCCGGGGCCAGUAACCACCAGCCGAACUCGAAUACUGGCAGAUACCGGGACACGGUGCUGCUGCCGCAGACCAGCUUCCCCAUGAAGCUGCUGGGCCGCCAGCAGCCGGACAAGGAGCUGGAGAUCCAGCAGAAAUGUGGAUUUUCAGAACUUUAUUCAUGGCAAAGAGAAAGAAAAGUAAAGACAGAAUUUUGCCUUCAUGAUGGACCUCCUUAUGCAAAUGGUGACCCUCAUGUUGGACAUGCUUUAAAUAAGAUUUUGAAAGACAUAGCCAAUCGAUUCCAUAUGAUGAGUGGCUCCAAAGUACAUUUUGUACCCGGCUGGGAUUGUCAUGGGUUGCCCAUUGAAAUAAAAGUAUUAUCAGAACUUGAUAGAGAAGCUCAGAAUCUUUCAGCUAUGGAAAUUAGAGAGAAAGCUAGAUCAUUUGCUAAAGCAGCCAUUGAGAAGCAGAAAUCAGCAUUUAUUCGUUGGGGAAUAAUGGCAGAUUGGAAUAAUUGCUACUAUACAUUUGAUGGAAAGUAUGAAGCCAAACAGUUGAGAACUUUUUACCAAAUGUAUGAUAAGGGCUUGGUUUAUCGAUCUUACAAACCUGUGUUUUGGUCUCCCUCAUCUAGGACUGCAUUGGCUGAAGCAGAACUUGAGUAUAAUCCUGAGCAUGUCAGUCGUUCAAUAUAUGUAAAAUUUCCUCUCUUGAAACCUUCUCCUAAAUUGGCAUCUCUUAUAGAUGAUUCAUCUCCUGUUAGUUUUUUGGUCUGGACCACACAACCUUGGACGAUUCCAGCCAAUGAAGCUGUUUGCUAUAUGCCUGAAUCAAAGUAUGCUGUUGUGAAAUGUUCUAAGUCUGGAGACCUCUACGUACUGGCUGCAGAUAAAGUAGAAACUGUUGCUUCUACUUUGGAAACAGCAUUUGAGACUAUUUCAACAUUUUCAGGUGUAGAUUUGGAAAAUGGUACUUGUAGUCAUCCGUUAAUUCCUGAUAAAGCCUCUCCUCUUUUACCUGCAAAUCAUGUGACCAUGGCAAAAGGAACAGGAUUGGUUCACACAGCCCCAGCUCAUGGUAUGGAAGAUUACGGUGUAGCGUCUCAGCACAACCUGCCCAUGGAUUGUUUAGUGGAUGAAGAUGGAGUUUUCACAGAUGUUGCAGGUCCUGAACUUCAAAACAAGGCUGUCCUUGAAGAGGGAACUGAUGUGGUUAUAAAGAUGCUUCAGACUGCAAAGAAUUUGUUGAAAGAAGAAAAAUUGGUGCACAGCUAUCCCUAUGACUGGAGGACCAAGAAACCCGUGGUUAUUCGUGCCAGCAAGCAGUGGUUUAUAAACAUUGCAGAUAUUAAGAUUGCAGCCAAGGAAUUGUUAAAAAAGGUGAAAUUUAUUCCUGGAUCAGCACUGAAUGGCAUGGUUGAAAUGAUGGACAGGCGGCCAUAUUGGUGUAUAUCAAGGCAAAGAGUUUGGGGUGUUCCAAUUCCUGUGUUUCAUCAUAAGACAAAGGAUGAAUACUUGAUCAACAGCCAAACCAUUGAGCAUAUUGUUAAACUAGUGGAACAGCACGGCAGUGAUGUCUGGUGGACUCUUCCCCCUGAGCAACUUCUUCCAAAAGAAGUCUUAUCUGAGGUUGGUGGCCCUGAUGCCUUGGAAUAUGUUCCAGGUCAGGAUAUUUUGGACAUCUGGUUUGAUAGUGGAACUUCAUGGUCUCAUGUUCUUCCAGGUCCUGACCAAAGAGCAGAUUUGUACUUGGAAGGAAAAGACCAGCUCGGGGGUUGGUUUCAGUCAUCCUUAUUAACAAGUGUGGCCACAAGGAAGAAAGCACCUUAUAACCAUUGUGUUUAUAUAUUUUUUCUCAAUGGAAAGGAUCAAAGCAAAGAGCCUCCCUAUGGCGCUGAUGUCCUUCGCUGGUGGGUAGCUGAUUCCAAUGUCUUCACCGAAGUUGCAAUCGGCCCAUCCGUGCUCAAUGCUGCCAGAGAUGAUAUUAGCAAGCUUAGGAAUACACUCCGCUUUCUUUUGGGAAAUGUGGCUGAUUUCAACCCAGAAACAGAUUCCAUCCCUGUUAACGAUAUGUAUGUCAUAGACCAGUAUAUGCUACAUUUACUGCAGGAUUUGGCAAACAAGAUUACCGAAUUAUACAAACAAUAUGAUUUUGGAAAAGUUGUUCGGCUGUUACGGACAUUUUAUACCAGAGAGCUCUCUCACUUUUAUUUCAGUAUAAUCAAAGAUAGGCUCUAUUGUGAAAAGGAAAAUGACCCCAGGCGACGCUCUUGUCAGACUGCAUUAGUUGAAAUUUUGGAUGUAAUAGUUCGUUCUUUUGCUCCCAUUCUUCCUCACCUGGCUGAAGAGGUGUUCCAACACAUACCUUAUAUUAAAGAGCCCAAGAGUGUUUUCCGUACUGGGUGGAUUAGUACUAGUUCUAUCUGGAAGAAGCCCGGGUUGGAAGAAGCUGUGGAGAGUGCGUGUGCAAUGCGAGAUUCAUUUCUCGGAAGCAUCCCUGGCAAAAAUGCAGCUGAGUACAAGGUUAUCAUAGUGAUAGAACCUGGACUGCUUUUCGAGAUAAUAGAGAUGCUGCAGUCUGAAGAGACUUCCAGCACCUCUCAGUUGAAUGAAUUAAUGAUGGCUUCUGAGUCAACUUUACUGGCUCAGGAACCACGAGAGAUGACUGCAGAUGUAAUUGAGCUUAAAGGGAAAUUCCUCAUCAACUUAGAAGGUGGUGAUAUUCGUGAAGAGUCUUCCUAUAAAGUAAUUGUCAUGCCGACUACGAAAGAAAAAUGCCCUCGUUGUUGGAAGUAUACAGCGGAGUCUUCAGAUACACUCUGUCCUCGAUGUGCAGAAGUUGUUAGUGGAAAAUAGUAUUAACAGCUCACUUGAGCAAGAACCCUCCUGACAGUACUGGCUAGAAGUUUAGAUGGAUUAUUUACAAUAUUGGAAAGAAAGCCAAGAUUUAGGUAAUGAGUGGAUGAGUAAAUGGUGGAGGAUGGUCAAAAUCAGAAUUAUAAAAGAAGUAUUUCCUGUAACUAUAGAAAGAAUUAUGUGUAUAUAUAUGCAGAAAUAUAUAUAUGUGUGUGUGUAUCUGUGGAUGGAUAUAUAUAUAUAUCUUCCUAUAUAUAUCCAUAAUGGACUUAUUCAGAACAUAGAUAUGUAUUCAGCUUGUCUUCAAAUAUGGCCGAGCAGAAAAUGUUUUAUAUUUUAUAAAUCUUUUGACUCAGUAUUUAAAUUCUAUCACACUGAAAAUAAAGGCAUUCUGGAAAA